GCUCAUGAGGCCUGGAUUCGAAGGGAGAAAAGAAGGAUAUAUUGGUGGAAAAGGAGACUAAAAGAUGCCUGCUCGUGAUAUUCGUUACAGCAAGAAACGGUUGAGCCACCCGCAAAAUGCAGAUCUUUCUCCCAUAUUACCCAAGAGAAAGAAGAAACCGUAUCCAAUUCCUCUGAAGAAAAUUCUGGAAGCUUCACGGGCCGACAAAAAACUUGCAGAAAUGGGGAAAGAGAAGCCACUUGAGCCUCCGAAGAACGGGCUUCUUGUUCCUGAUCUGGUUCCAGUUGCCUGUGAAGUUCUUGAUGCUUGGAAGAUCUUGAUCAAAGGAGUUUCACAACUUCUUCAUGUCAUUCCUGUCCAUGCUUGCAGUGAGUGCUCGGAGGUUCACGUGGCUCAAACCGGCCACAACAUUCAGAAUUGCCAUGGUCCAAAGAAUGCGUAUCGGAGAAGCUUCCAUUUAUGGGUCAAAGGUUCGAUUAACGACAUCCUUCUCCCAAUUGAGUCAUAUCAUCAAUAUGAUCCUUUUGGUACCCGAGUCAAACACGAAACAAGAUUCAACCACGAUAGAAUCCCGGCUGUUGUGGAGCUCUGCAUCCAAGSCGGUGUGGAAUUAYCAGAAUACYCUUCACGACGAAGGACCCAGCCUAUCCGAAUGMUGGGAAAGAAAGUGAUCGACYGAGGUGGAAUYGUUGAGCCGCCACCCAAGCCACCACACUCCGCCGAGACAUUGGAACACGACAAGUACCGGGCUCUUGAGCGGUUCCCGCCGCCAGCAGACUCCAAUGUGGUUGGAAUUGCUCAGGCGACACUGAACGCAUACGAGAAAAUGAAAUGGGGUGUGACGAAACUUAUGAAGAAGUACACGGUGAAGGCGUGUGGGUACUGCUCGGAGGUCCACGUGGGACCGUGGGGCCACAACACGAAGCUUUGCGGAGAGUUUAAGCACCAAUGGAGAGACGGAAAGCAUGGGUGGCAGGAUGCGGUGGUGGACGAGGUUUUCCUGCCAAAUUACGUGUGGCAUGUGGUGGAUCUAGAAGGACCGCCAUUGAAGAGUUCGCUCAAGAGGUUCUACGGGAAGGCUCCAGCUGUGGUUGAGCUUUGUGUGCAGGCAGGGGCUCUGGUACCUCGGAAGUAUAGACCGAUGAUGAGGCUCGAUAUCGUGGUCCCAGAUAACGAGGAGGCUCAGUUGGUGGCUUAAUAACUCGAAAAACCGAUGUUUUGGAAGUGUUUAGUUGUUUGUAUAGAGAUGAAGUCUUAGUUCUGUAUUCAUAGAAAUUAUAUGGUCAUGGGUGGGGUUGUAAAUUACAUGAUUGAUUCGAUUAUGAGAAUAUAAACAUAUAAUCAAAUUUUAAUCUA